AUGGAGGGGGUUCUCUACAAGUGGACCAACUAUCUCACGGGUUGGCAGCCUCGUUGGUUUGUUUUAGAUAAUGGAAUCCUGUCCUACUAUGAUUCUCAAGAUGACGUUUGCAAGGGGAGCAAAGGAAGUAUAAAGAUGGCAGUUUGUGAAAUUAAAGUCCAUUCAGCUGACAACACAAGAAUGGAAUUAAUCAUUCCAGGAGAGCAGCAUUUCUACAUGAAGGCAGUGAAUGCAGCUGAGAGACAGAGGUGGCUGGUUGCUCUGGGGAGCUCCAAAGCCUGUUUGACUGAUACAAGGACUAAAAAAGAAAAAGAAAUAAGUGAAACCAGUGAGUCUCUGAAAACCAAAAUGUCUGAACUUCGCCUCUACUGUGACCUCCUAAUGAAGCAAGUUCAUACGAUCCAAGAAUUUGUUCACCAUGAUGAGAGUCAUUCAUCGCUCAGCAUAGAGAACAUGAAUGAAGCCUCGUCUCUCCUUAGUGCCACGUGUAAUACAUUCAUCACGACGCUUGAGGAAUGUGUGAAGAUAGCGAAUGCCAAGUUUAAACCCGAGAUGUUUCAGCUGUCCCAUCCGGAUCCUUUAGUUUCUCCUGUGUCGCCUUCCCCUGUUCAAAUGAUGAAGCGUUCUGUCAGCCAUCCUGGUUCUUGCAGUACAGAGAGGAGUAGCCACUCUAUAAAAGAACCAGUGUCUUCACUUCACCGAUUCUCCCAGCGACGCCGAAGAACCUACUCAGAUACAGACUCUUGUAAUGAUGUUCCUCUUGAAGACCCAGAUAGACCUGUUCACUGUUCAAGAAAUACACUUAAUGGAGAUUUGGCGUCAGCAACAAUUCCUGAAGAAAGCAGAUUUACGGCCAAAAAAAAAUCUGAAUCAGAAGAUCCUCUUCUAUCCUUCUCUUCCUGA